AUGGCUUCUUGUUCAGCAGCUUCGCGGCUUAUGCUGCCGCGAGUUGCCUCUGCUCCGGUGUCUCGACACCUCUUUCAAUCGGGCGUUUCCUCUUUCCAUUGCCCCCUCACGCAUUCCCACUUUGAAUCAAAGCAGGGGAAUGCACAAGGUUUCUCUGGGGCCCGCCGCAUCAGCAGUCUGACGCAGCUGCUAAAAGGCAGAGUCAGCAGCAAGAACGACCCCAAACUGAACCCACACCCAGCCGAUGAAGUGGAGGCCCAAAGACCCCUGGCCCCUGACCCCUAUGACAGCACUUAUCAAAUGCCUGCUGGGGCGCCGGACGCCAGAAACAUCUCCAGAGAGCGCUUCCACCAGUUCAUGCACGGCAAACCCCAGCGCUUCUCGAAGGAACUCAAGGUGACGGUGAUGGGCUGUACUUUGGCGUGUUUCGGCAUCGGUGUGACGUGGCUGACUGCUUACAUAAUGCGGCCGGAUGACUUUGAGUGGGUUGAGGAGGAACGCAGGCGCAUCCAGGAGGCUAAAGAGAGAAUACAGCAGAGAAUAGAAAGGGCUCAACAGAUACAAAACGAAAAAAAUACAUAA